GCGGGCACGCCCCCCGACUCGAGGCCCCCUCCGCGCUCUCUUCCACCGCCUCCUCUAGCUCUCCGGUCAGAGGGCCGGAGCGAGAAGAUGGCGAAGACGUACGAUUAUCUGUUCAAGCUGCUGCUGAUCGGCGACUCGGGCGUGGGCAAGACCUGCCUCCUCUUCCGCUUCUCCGAGGACGCCUUCAACACCACCUUCAUCUCCACCAUCGGAAUUGAUUUUAAAAUCAGAACGAUAGAACUCGAUGGAAAGAAAAUUAAGCUUCAGAUAUGGGACACAGCAGGUCAGGAAAGAUUCCGAACAAUCACAACCGCUUACUAUAGAGGAGCCAUGGGGAUUAUGCUGGUCUAUGACAUCACAAAUGAAAAAUCCUUUGACAAUAUUAAGAAUUGGAUAAGAAACAUAGAAGAGCAUGCUUCUUCAGAUGUUGAAAGAAUGAUCCUGGGUAACAAAUGUGAUAUGAAUGACAAAAGACAAGUGUCAAAAGAAAGAGGGGAGAAGUUAGCAAUUGACUAUGGGAUUAAAUUCUUGGAGACAAGUGCAAAAUCCAGUACGAAUGUAGAAGAGGCAUUUUUUACACUUGCACGAGAUAUAAUGACAAAACUCAACAGAAAAAUGAAUGACAGCAAUUCUUCAGGAGCAGGUGGGCCAGUGAAAAUAACAGAAAACCGAUCCAAGAAGACCAGCUUCUUCCGCUGUUCGCUGCUUUGAUGAACUCUUUCCUUGUGAGAGACUGCAGCACACCCAGAGGGUCCUUUCCUGCUUCCCUGAAAGCACAGGUCCCCCAACCCGAGUCACCCCGCCCAGCUGCUGCGGAGAGCACGAAUGAACUUAGACUUCUUGACAUAGAACACCAAGCGAAUUUCAGCCUAGUGGCCUCAAAAAAGAACAGGUUCCUUUUUACAAACACGGAGGCGAUGACAUGGAGACACACGCAAGACCUAACCGAUUUUUCCUUUCUUUACUGCCUGCUGCAGAAGCUGCUAUUUUUCUUUUCCACUUUUGCACAUCAUCGUUAGCUUUUUCCUCUGACAGCGUGAAGUUAGACUCCUAUCUGGCACUUUUGUGUCGUGAACCUCUAAACAAAUAUGAACACUUGGGAUGUUUAAAAGACAAAACGUUAAGCAGAGGUUGAUAUAUUAAAGGACAAUUUUAAAAAUUAAUGGGAAGGCCCGUUUAUUCAUCACAGGCCACAAUAUCUUUAUUUCUUUAGAUUCUUUAGAUUAUUUCUUUAGAUUAUUUCUUAUUUAAUUAUUUCAUUCCUGAUUUUUUUGUGUCAUCUGGGUAGCUGAAUGAAUUGCUUUUUAAAUGUAUAUCACCUCUGCCUAAUCAAUAGAAACGACAUUUGGAAAUACUAUUAUCUCACUUUUCCAGGGGUUUGUAUUUGCUAUGCUUUCUCAUGUUUGGCAUAUUUUACUUAGUUAUAUAAAACUAAUAACACAUUGAAACAGUGCUAUCUGUUUCUAUUUAUGAACUUCUUCAACUGAAAUUUUGCAUAGGUAGAAUUGUCUCAUUUAGAGUUUUAUUUUUAGCAUCACAUCAGAAUAUAUUUUUUUUCUUAGGUUCACCCUUUAGCUUGCUGGUUUUGUUGUAAUAGCCAUUUUGUACCAACAUCCCUGUCUGUAAGAGUUAACAAAAGUUAGAUUUAGAUUUUAGCAGAAAGCAUAUCUGUAGGGAGAGGGAUUAACUUGUUGAUACAAAUUUAAGAGACAAGAGAUAGUCCUAAUGAUGGUGAAAAUAAUGAUUUUUGGUUCUAUUUUUUAAAAAAAUAUGUGGACUUAGAAUAUCCUUUAGGAAAAGUCUUGACUUUUUAAUUAGAGAAAAUAUGAUCAGCAUUUUAGUUUUAAAACAGUACUUAUUGAAUAUUUAGUGCCCAGUUUCAUCCGUUUAGGUGCAUUGUGACAGAACUUUGUCCAGGCAUUUGGGCUGAAGCCUUUCUCCUCAAACACUGAUACUGGUAUUCCUAUUGUAGAUGAAACUAUCACAUUUAAAAAAAAAAAAAAUCAGUUAGCAUCAACUUAUGUGCCAAAUUCAGAUUAUAAUGUCAUUGUUGUUAUUGUAGCUUUCAGUGUCAUAACACAGAAGGGAAUAGGAUAGAGGUGACUAAGAAUGUGAAUUCUGUUUUAAUGAAUCUUUCUGUCAUGCCUGCCAAGACUGCUACCAUGCUAGUUAGUUCAGAACAGAAGAUAGAAGUGGAAAUGGUGGAAUGCUUGUUACCACAACGAUUUCUGCUUCACAUUAGGAUCUGUUGUUUAAACGCUUGGAUCAGUCAGCCUUUACUACUUGUUUUAAAACUUAGAAACAAUUUGGUGGCUACAUAUAUGCCAGAGCUAUUUUUGAUGUCUAUACUAAACUUACUGUUGACAAGUUUUAGCCUCCUUGAUUUUGUUUGUUUUGUUAGUUACAAAUAAGCUGAAAGUUACUCAUUGCUGUCCCAGUGUAAUUAGUAGUUCCGUGGUUGAAAGUUGAGUGUAAGUCUGCCAUCUUCAGAGUAGGUGCACAUAUGAAAAGAAAAAGUAAUUUCUUGGCAACAUCUUGUUUAAUUACCUGGGGAAAAAAAUCUAAGCAGUUAAGUUUUCUGGCUGGUAAUAAAGUACUUUCUAAAGGGCAAGUGCUAUGACACCAUGUAUGAAUGUAAUUCUCUUAGUAUUUACCUCUGACUAUUUGGUGUCUUAACACUUUGGUUUCUAUCUCAGGGGUUGUCUGCAAACCAAAACUGACACGUUCUGUGGUUAGUCUACAUUUUUUUUUAGCAGAACGCUUUGCUUUUGUUAUGUUUCUUCACUCUCCUUUUGUGUUCUGUAGGUAUAACUAGUCUCCAUGAACUUCUCUUUGAAAGAGCCUGUAAAAAUUAGAUGAGUCUAUAAGUGCUCCUUGAAGUAGCAGCACACUGGGAGUAUACACUCUGUUAUAUAGAAAUAAAUUGUCCUUGCUAUUUUCUUACAUUUAGCUUUGCUAAAUUGUAUAUAAUUUGAGCUAAGACCAUAGGAAAUUUACUUUCUGCAUGGUAAAAUGACCCAAUAAAUAUUUCUUUUGCUUAAUGUACAUAUAAUGCAUUAUUUUUUCUAUUUGUAGAUGGAUUUAGUGACAGAUAACUGUCUGUUCCCUGCUGAAACUGAAGAAAUCUAGUUUUUUUGUGAACAUUUUUGUGGUCUUAUGGAUAAAGGUACAUAAAGAUUUUUGCAGCAGUAUUAGUGGCUCAGUGGCUGCACUUUAUUAUCAGUAUAUUAAGUUCUGAUGAUUGGACUAGACCUUUUCAAAUAGAGUCUGAGGAUACCGGACAAUGAAAAUGUGCUGUAACUAAGUAGCAUGCAAAUCAGUUGAUUGUAAAAUGUUUCACUGGGAACUUAUUUUAGCUACAUUUUACUGCAGACAGAUUAUGACUAAUCCACCUGUGCAUCAGUUAGCAGAUGCUGCAGGGUUUCUUACUAUUUACAUGAACAUUUUGUGCAGUCUUUGUUAUAAAUUUUCAGAAGACUAUACUCAUUACUUUGAAGGACUAUUUUAAAAUUAUACCUCAUUUAGCUAACUAGUAUUCUAAUACCUGGUAUAAAAACCGUGAGCCAGCCUUUAAACAUCAACACAAUUUAGAUUAUAUGUUUUGUUUUGUUUUGAAUUGAAGGCAUCCUUGGAAAAAGGUAGGUGAUAUCUUCAUUUAGAGUAGAACAUAUAUGUUAUUCCAAUAGUGUAAAAAAAAGUAUUAUCUCCCUGCCCCGGUAAUUAAUUUAGCUGUGCAAUAUAGAUACAUUUUUGCAGAAGUUUCUAAGAGAUUAUAACACCAUUUUACUGAAAAUCUGUAUUAUGGCUUAUAAAGUUUUUCCUGUGAUCAGUAAAUGAUACAUGUAAGCAGACCUGUUUUUUAAGUUUAUGAUUUAGACUCCUUUGUAAGUAGUUCUUAAUCUUUGAAAAUGAGCUUCUAAGCUUAAAAAUUUUAAACUGUAUUUCAUUAUUUUAUUACGUUAUCUCAAAUUUUAAGCAAUCUUUUAGAUUUAUCAUUCCUUUUUCUUUGUUACAUUGAGAGCACAGAGCAAUGUCUAAAAAUGAAAUCCUUUAAUGUAAAAGGACCUAGAAAGAUAGGAUAUGCUAAUAAAAUUUCAAAUCCUAGCAAAAUUUUACAGUAGGAUUAGCCUUUCUUUAGACUGAUAAAAAUAAUGGGUGUCAUGUUCACUAUGAAAAAAUCUUAAUGAGCUAAAUGUACAGAAAUGGAAAUGAGCAGUUAUUUUAGGGAUAUUUCCAGAUUUUACUUCAUUUGAAAUGUGUGCCAUAUGCAAUUGCAUUUCUUGUUGCCAAUAUCUAGUAGAACUUUUUUUUAACCUUUAAAAAAUAUGAAUUAUGAUAGUUCAUUCCUAUGGCCUUACAGAUAGGUUUUAUUUUGUUUGCAGCUGACACUGCAGUUCCUUUAAUACAAGACACCAUAAACUAUUUGACUAAAAUCAUGCCUCAAUGGGAACUAUAUAGUUUUUCCCAAGAAUUAUCCUUCUAUGUAUGUUUAGACAUAUUUUAUUUUUUUUCUCCAGUGGCUUAAUGUGAAAAGCUCCUGCAGAUAAAAUGGACCUGUCAUGUGGUUGAUCUUGUUUAAGCCAAUUCAUUAACUAUGUACUGAUACUGAUGCUGUGGUUUUUUAAAAAAUGGAUUUUAUUCCAGGUGAACUUUUUUUUUUACAAUAAUGUUCAUC